UUUCAGUGUCACCAUGCCCGCCGCGAAGGACGCUGAUGAGAUAAAAAUGAGGAUCCUUUCCACCCUCAUACUGGGCGUUUUACUACCCCUAGCGGCGCGCGCCGACCAAUCGGAGCUCGAGUUGUCCGAGGGCCAGCCAAUCAGCGAGCAGCUAUUCGGCGAGGGAAAGAGGCAGAUAGAGACGCCGGAGGUGGUGCUGCAGUUGAAAUAUGAUCGUGGGGAACUGAAUAGGAUAUAUUUGGCGCAGUUUCGCAAGAACAAAGAACGCUGGGCGCCGUCAGUGCCUGCCACAGACAAUCUGUGUUCAGACCUGUGCCACUCAGGACUGGGCGGUCUUCCCUGCGGCGAAACAUGUGCAGACAUGAUACCAGUGGGCCUCAAGUCCCACCUGACGGAAGACCCACACGAAAACAUAACAGAUGCUGAAUAUGGCGAACCUCGUGUUGCUGUGUGUCCUACACUGUGCCAAUAUGGACUGGGUAACCCGCUGUGCGCAUGCGGCAGUGGGGAGUUGCCGGUAGCUUGGGACGUCGUCUGUGCUGCUUUCUGCUCCGACAAAUAUGAGCUCAGAGGUUGCCCAGCCUGCCCCACCGACUUCACGACUUCUACUUCAGCUGCAGCAAGCCGUUCUGUGGCAACUGCCCUUGUGCUGUCAACCACCGAGGGCUGGUCAGCGUGGUGCAACGUACAAUGUCGGCAGGGGCACGGCGGAGCCGCCUGCAACUGCGACCGGGCGCCCUUUCAAUAACCAGUAACCAAUAACUGUAACCAGUACCUAUAAGGAUAACAACUGACGCCAGCGUUAAAUACCUAGGUACAAUAACUUUCGCCAGGGUAGUGGCGACCAGUCGUAACCAACUGUAACCUGAAAUAAAAAUUACUAACAACUGUAACAUUCAAUACCUCUUGGUUCGAAAUCGUCUCUGAAAAUUAAUAGGUAUACGUAUGGGUUUAAAAAUCCUGUAUGUAAUGUCCCGCUUGCCCUUCUCAUCUGGCGCUCCGUGCAUGGCCCGCUUUGUCAGCUCAAACAUCAACGGAGUUCGCGUAUGGACUGUAACAUGACACCUUUUGUUCUCAACAACAAGGCUCAUCAGUCUGUUAAUCACGGAACCAAUUAUUUUAAUCGUUUGUUUUUAUUUUAAUUAAAUAUUGAUUGUAACGUUUAAGGUUGGUUGACCCAAAAUAUGCAAGCUUUACCUUUGUAUUAUUUAAGACCUUUUAAGAGAUUUCAAACCCUUGUGUUAAAUUAAAACAAAAUAGCCUACAUAAGGAGGACGUUUCAAACUUAUACGUUAUGUUGAUAACAUGCAAUUUUUUUUUUGGUGCUUUAUGAACAUAUGUGCAAUAUUUUUUAUUAGUAUAUUAUAUAUUUUAAAGAUAGAUAACGAUAACAGUAACUUUUUUAUUCUUUAUAUUAAGUACCAAACGAAAAACGUGCAUUGGAUCGAGGACCAUUUGUUUUUAUUUUCUUUUUUAUUAUAAAUGUUAAACAACUGUUUUAUUUCUAUUUUUAACAUAUUUAUUAUAUAUUUAUUUUACAAUUGAUGAAAAUGUAGAUAAGUAAGAACAUAAGCAACUAUAUUUUUCAUGAUCAGUAUUCGUUUAUAAUCAUUAAAAUGUAUUUAAUAAUCAAAAAAAUAAUUAAAAUGUAUUUAAUAAUCAUAUUAAAUCUAAAUUAAUCUUUUAAAACUGCAAUUUUAAUAAAUAUAAUCACUAGAGUAAGAAUAACACUAAGCAACAUUAUAUCAUUUAAUUGUAUGAUAAUAUAGAUCAAAAAUACUGUGUGAAAGACAAUAUAAAUUAAUAAUUAUAAAGAAUAACGUAGUAAUACGUUUAUUCAUAAUGUAACUUAGAUGUUGUGUUCUAACCAUUAUUUUAUUAAAUAUUUACUUUCA